CUGGGGUUUUGGUUGGACUGCCUGCCGUUACGCCAUUAAUUUCACAUAUUGAUGACUAAAGUGGAACCGUUCUAUGGUUUUUCUUGUGCUUCUUACUUGUUUGAGUGUCCCAGGAAGUUGUGCGGUACCUGUCCGCAUGGCGGAAUAUUGCGUUUAGUUUAGGUGGUUGGUUAAAAUUAGUAAUGUAGCAAUGAAAUGAGUUCUUUGUAAUAUGUCCAUUAUGAGCCAGUUGAUCAGUCCUAGUGAUGCGUCGCUAGAGCACUGCUUCACUAAUAUCUUUGCUCUGACUGAUUUCAGCGGCAUACAGUACCGGAAGUACAUUAUUCAUACUCCAAAGGAAUAUAAUGACCCGUUGAAUGAUCCCAUAAUAAAAUCAUAUGCUCUUUGUCAAAAGUUUGGUGUUCUUUCUGCUUGGGUGCGUUCGAAACCUGAAGCAUCAGAUUCCUCAGAUCCAUGUGCGUUUUCGAAAUUUGCGAAAGAGCUUUGGGUGUUUUGGUACGGAAAUGAUGAAUUCCCUAAUGCCGAAAGCUGUAUUCUCCCCGAGCUUCGGAAAGAAGAUCAUGGGAACUGGCGUCAAGGUUUAUCGUACGAAACGAGAACUGUCCUGUUUCGGGCGUUACAUAAUGUAGUUGAAAGGUCUUUGUAUACCAAAGGAUUCGUUCGUCUGGGUAAAUGGUUUUUGCAGCCUCGUAAAUGUGGUACCAGCGAUGAUUAGUAAGAUUCACUUAUGAGUACCUAAUGGUUUUCAGUACCCAGUAUAGUGUCAGUUUUUCGUUUUUUCUUCAUGGUGAGAGUACGGUAUGUGCCAGCCUCGACAUCCGUCAACAUACUGCAGUCCAAAGAGUCACUACUGAGCAUAUCCAGAAAUGUUUAACAACCCAAACAAUUAUGCCUGUCAUUUUGGCGCCUUAUGGCAUAUCUGCUGGACUGACAGGGUUAACAUGUGACAAAAAAGAUGACGAUAUGACUGCUGAGUCAGAAGCUUGGUCAACUUUCUAUCCACUUAGAUCCAGUCACGAAUAUGAGUCUACCAUAAGCUGUGUUACUGGCCUACCAUUUUUUGCUAUGGCGACGCCUAUAAGUCAGAGUUCACGUCAACAAAACAGAUUCGGUAGUGAUAAAAAAAGACCAUUGGAGGAAACAAAUCGACGAUGUGCAGAUGUUCCACCCAAAUUUGUUGAGGUGAUUGUUGAUGGUUUUCGUAUGAGAUACCCUAUGUGUUUCGUUCUUGUAACUGCCGAAAAUGAUUCAUCUGGACAACAAGAUAAUAGUGCAACAUCUGAAAAUGAGGUUGCUACUCAUUAUUCAGAAGUUCCCGGUCAAUCCUUGCAGACUUCUGUUUCAGCCCCCUUCACGUCAAGCAAAAGCAGUUUUAUGCAUGACACUCAUAUCCUCAGCAAGUUGAAAACAUCCUCUUUUUGGCGAACAAGCAAGCGAAAGAAGCGUACAUCGUUGCGAAAUAAUCGUAUACGUGAUUUAGCAUGGCUGAAGACAGUUGUUUCCAGCAGUCCAAUACAGUCUGACUUUUUAGUAGAUAUUCGUCACAUCUAUUUGGCUGGAAGAACUCUUCAACGUGCAUCUCAAGGGAAUCAUUCUGUUAUUUCGAUAAAAGAAUGGCAACCCAAACGAUUACAUACUUCUGAUAAAGAUGAUAUAAGUGGAAAUACUGAUGGGGUUUCUGUUUCCUUACAGCCAGAAAUGAACUCGUUGUCCCUACAAGAUCCUUGUACAGUCUUGCAAUGUUCUUGUAACAGGUUCUCAAGACUCCGUCGAACCACUGCCUGGAGUUCCUUUCAUCAACAAGAUCCUUACCUUCGAAAAUUCCUGAAAGCAUCAGUCCAUUCUUACAUGUCUUUCUGUGAUCGUCCGAAAACUCCGCUACCUGUGGUUACAACUAACCUAUCUGCGACCCAUGACCCAUCUAUGCCGACCCUAAGUCCCCAACAACCUGCCCCAAAUCAGACAUCUAAUCUUAAUUCAAGUGCUAUGCUGAAUGAAUUGAAUGGCGAUUUCGCGUGUGAUCAGAAUCCAUCUCUAUCUACACCGACGUCUGUUCACCUACCGACAGCACCACAGCUCCCAUCUCUUCUCCCAAAACCUGAAAGUAAUUCUGUCUCGUCUUCAGUUAUUAAGGUACCUAAUGGAUUAGUCGCUGUUGACUCAUCUGUUUCCUUGGAUUCCCAAACACAGUACGCUAAAAUGUCCACACGACGCAUCCCGAUUGCUUCCAUGUCUGUAGCAAAAAGUAAUUUGUUUAAUACUUGGUUAGCUGGCUAUGCAGCACAAGAACUGCAUAAGGAGCCUUUCGCUGAUAUCAAGCGUCCGACUUUAUACCUCAAUAUUCCAGAUCAGAUUGAAAGAGAACAAUAUGCUCAUGCUGAUGGUGUUUCUGCGCAACCUACUUUUGAACAGUCAUCUCCAAAUUACAGCUUAGUUGAUGAGAAUACAUUUUGCAAAGACAACAAUGCAAUAUCUGAGGAAUGCUUACAUCGAAACAAACGCCUUCGUCCUGCUGUAUCUCGUACGGAUUACAAUGAAUGCUAUCUAAACGACAAUGCAUCAAUCAUGACAACCGACGUUUCGAAUGUGAAUUUCACCUCUGGCAAUCCGUAUUCUCCAGAUGUAAAGGUUGGAGUAUCGGAAUACAGUGGUUUGACGGAUGAUCCCAGUUGUACAGCACUAGAAAUGAACACUCAUUCGGCACUGUUGCAUUCAUUAAAUGGUUCCGUGGUGAAUUCGACUGGGACUUUUAAUCGUAAUGUGGGACUGAUUGCUCAUAGAGGCGUCAGUCUUGCCAGUAGCACUGGUUCUGGUCACAUCGGACCAGCAGAGUUGGCCUUGAUGCUGCCUACACCACCAUCUCAUGAUGCCCCUCAGCCUAGUCCAGUGGAUGGUAUUUCGGUAGUUACCAAUCGUGUGAAUACCUCUACAAAUUCAGUAAGCACUCCAGGACCUGGUUCUCCAUCUGUCCAAACUAUACUGGAUCCAUCCUCCUCUGUAGCAUCCGACAUACCAUGUCAUCCGAAUUCUUUAGCAUAUCAGCCGGCCAACUCACCACAAAUCCUUCAAAAUCAAGGAUUAUGGCAUUUGGCAAAACAACCUUGCAUACAACAUCUCAGUUGUGUCAGUACAGAAUCUCAAGAUUGGUCAUUCCUCUAUCCAUAUGCCUCUUAUCUUGGUAUGACUAGUAAUUAUCAGAUUCCUCAUGAAGAAAUUUCAUCGUUUGCAAAAUCUCUACCUCAAAUGAAAUGGUCAUAUGACCAUCGUGUAUCAAGUCAAAAGGCUGUCACAUCUGAAUGCUCAGAUUCACAUAAUACAAAUAAUGCACUAAUUAUCAAUACUACUAGCAACCCUUCUGUAUCAUCGAAAUCGUGGUUAGUGUCUCCCAAUCAGUUACCUCCUGCUUCAUUACAUCGAAAUGCUACAAGUAUAGAUAAUAAAUCUUGUUCACCUCAACAGUUAAAUGAAUCUAUAAAUACGUAUCCUGUUGUAGGAUUUGUGAAAUCAGCAGAUUCUAUGAAUCAGAAUGGUAAUUUCAAAGAGGAGUUUGCAGAAUGGUUAGCCAGUCUACGUGAGACAAGUGGACUUUUAGUGAACUUAAUCCUAUCGGACUCUAUGCUGAAUUUAUUUAAAGAUCAUAAUUUUGAUUCUUGUAACAUUUGUGAAUGCACUUCAUCUAUACUUGGUUCUGAGAUAGGAUUGUAUUUGUCCAAUUCAACAACCGUGUCAUCACCGUGCAGCAGGUCAGCAAGAACAAGCACUUCAGCCUUUGGUCACGAUCUUGUUGGUGGAUCUGGAUUUCACUUUACACGAGGAUGUAAAUGUGGAUUCAGCGCUGUAAUGAAUCAAAAAUAUGUUGUUAAUGGCAAUUUGUUUUAUGAAGAUGAGAUUGAAGUCACUCGACUGUCCGUUCGUUUUGCUGCAGGACAGAACACUGAAAAUCUAUAUUCUCGUAGACCGAACUACCGCAGACGUCCUGGUUGGUGGCUAACUGGUCCACAGCCAUCAGUUAGCCACUUACUUUUACUACAGCAGAUAAUGAGCAACAUAUUUGAAGAGUUCAGUGUACGACAAGUAACCGAUUUGCUAAGGUGGAAUAUGUUGUCACGUGAUCAACUUAUUAUGGAAAAUACACUAGAAUACGAUGACGCCUGCGCUCUGAUAUCAUCGGCUCUACGCCAUUCUGCUGAAACAAUAAAUUCAGUUAGUAAUCUGGAGUUCAGUGCAACGGGUGCAUCACAGUCGCCUAUAGAAAAUGGUGCAUAUGUCCAUCCAUCUUUUUUCCUAAAAGCCCGUUCUAAAAUGCCGCAGAAUCAAAAUGAUCAAAUCCGUUUGCUAACAACUAUGCGUCCAUGGCUUCAAGAAGCGAUUUCGUCUACUAGAAUGCUGGAAUCUAAUUACACUGUUGAUGGACCGCUCACUUGGAAAGCGUUUCAUCAACUUGCUGGUCGUGGUUCAGAUGAAACUUGUAAACCUCAACCAAUUCCUCAACUGCGUGUGUGUGGAUGUGACCAAGAUAAUUUGUUAAUUUCCCCCUUCGCUGUUCGUGAUUGGGAUCGACUCUCACUAUUUCCACUAUCGCGAGCGAAGCGGAUAGCGUACGCUGUGGUCUUGCCUACCGAUUCCCAUGCAUUAGUUAAUCCAACCUCUAAUAUUCAAAACAAUGUGAUCUCCGAGGGCACUGGAUCCAGUUCAGCCUCAAAUUUAAUGAGACGUUCUCUUGCUGAAUUUCUGAAAGAAUUAUCCCAUACGUACGAAUCUUGUCAUCUUGGUCAGCAUUUCCCAUAUUAUAUGCCGGAAGCAGGCUCUCCUGAAACGGCUUUCAUACCAGUCUUUCCAACCCCAGAAUGUCUUUCAUUAUCAGAAAAUGAUGGCUUCAAAAGCCUUCCUCCAGAUCUCCUGAAAACACUCUCAGAGCAACUAGGGAAUUAUUCGAUUAGUGCAGAAUCAAUUGUAAAAACUAUUCAUAAUUAUGCCUCCAAUUGUGUACAGUCUACCUUGGCUGCAUUGAAAAAACAUGGUGUUGCUGUGGGUUUUUCGUCUAAUCUUUCUCAGCAUUCUGUGUUAUUUCCACCUUUUGAUACAAUAAAAUCUGACAUUUCUACAAAAUCAAAUCUGGAUAAUGAUGGUGAUGAUAAUGAUGUCAAAGUUAACAUUACCAAUCGACACAAUAUCUCAUUAAAUAGAACGGAUAACAAUUUUUCAAUACGUUACAAUAAUGGUCAAGGUUCUCUCACCACCUCAUUAGAUACAUCCUCUUGGGGGGCUGAUAAUGAUAUCUAUCUAGUAAUUUAUAUCCUGAAUCCUUUCUGCUAUCUAUGUGAUGUAAGCGCAGAGCUUAGUCGACUUGUCAUGCAAGCACUAAUUGGUUGCGCUAAUCAAAUACUGAAUUCACUGCCUGACUCUUGGCGUUCACGUGUCACCACCCAACUGUUAUCUCUUGAUCAUGUAAUGUCGGAUUAUUUGCCUCGUUUACGACCGAUGGCUUUAUCGCUUUACACAUCUGUCAAUCGUCUCAUUGAGCCAAGUCUAAUCAAUGCCAAUCGUACAUUGACUGGUUUAGGUCCAGCUGCUGAAAAAGAAACUAUUUCAAGUGAUAAAGAUAAUUUCCAUAAGCGAACAGUUUUCGCUCCGCCGUAUACACUCAUAAGUUCACGUGAUUUAUCUGGCCAUUUGGACUUGUCUACAGAACCACUUGACCGGUCAUCUGUUUUAUUUGUGGCCUACUGUCUUUCUCAGGAUCAACAAUGGCUUCUUGCUACAUUUACAGAUGAACAAGGUGGUCUUUUAGACCAUACUCUAAUCAAUAUUCGUGUCCCAGCAAAGUAUUUUUCUGAAAAUGAAAGUCAACGUUUACAGUCGACAGGAUCAGAAAAGUGCAUGUUAAGCCCUCGUCGCAUUGGGCUUGCUCGACUCUGGGAUUAUAUAAUCAAUUUAGUCGGUCAAACUGCUAAUCCUUGGAGACUUGUUGUAGGAAGAAUUGGUAGAUUGGGACACGGUGAAUUGAAAGGUUGGAAUGGAUUAUUAGGUCGUAAAAGCCUUCAAGAUGUGAAUAAGUUUUUUCGAGAUCGUUGUUCUGCUUGUAGUAUAUCGUCUUCUAUCCCAUCACACUCAACUAGUAAUUCAUCAAUGAUUAAUAGUACAAAGCCAAUGCUGAAUCUGAUUAAUAGUCACAGUGGUGCAAAUAGUUGUACUCAUGAACUUCCAAGUUUGAUAAGUGCUUGUCUUGUAUCCCUUGAACCUCAAAGUACAUUUCGCGUAUAUCCUGGUUUUGGUUUAUGCUCAGAUGAACCAUGGGCAUAUGGAGGAGGUGGAGGUGGGGGUGGCGCAGGCGGUAUGGGAUCAGGGAGUACUGGUAUUUCUGGUGGAAGUGGAGGCCUUAACAAUGGUGGCAAUAACGCGUUUUACGGAGGUAGUGCUUCUUCUCUUAAUAUAAGAAUGAUGUCUAUGCUGGACACUCCAACAUCUUCUAUAGACAAUCCAAGUGCAACGCAUAUAUUGGUCUUCCCUACAAGUACUUCAGCGAGUGGUGUAUCUGAGCAUGAACCUUCAGGAUUAGCAGAAGUAAUUUACGGUAUGGGAUCUGAUGAUAUGGGUGUUUUUGAUUGGCUUCUUCCUCACGAUUCCGGUCUUGAUGAUCUCGUUCCACCAAAUGGGUCAACAGCUGAAAUGUUAGCUGAUUUCGGUAAUCCGUCCGAGUUGAAUUUUGGUCUGCCAGAUUUGGGACCACCAGUUUGUAUGAAUGGUGUCGGUGAUGGUAUUGGAAAGUCUUCUAGCGCAAGAUUAGGGGAUGCUUCUGACGGUUUACAUGGACAUAAUGAUUAUGUUAAUAGUCUCCAUGAUGGUCGAGGGCAUGGUCGCAUGUCAGAUAUUAUGGGUUUGCGUGGAUUUGAGUCCGGGUUACUGGAUAUGGAGGGAAAUCAAUCCAAUGGUAUGGGCGGUCACAUGGAUGAACUUUCUUUCGGGCAUGCAAUGGAUCCUCUGAACACAAUGCCUUUCGGUAUACAUGACCCCACGGACGAAGUGGCUAGUUUAAUGCAGCAACCGUUAGCUAUGGGUUAUUACAUAUCUACAGCUUCUGCCGGCCCAUUGCCUUCAUGGUUUUGGGCCGCCUGUCCACAUUCAAGAUUUCAAUAUCCAGUAUGCUUAAAGUCAGCGUUGCAUUUACAAACGACACUUGUUGGCGUUGAUGAUGCUGCCGCCGCUGCAGCAGCUCCUCCACCAAGUGCUAGUUCAACUGGUCCAGGCGUCGUAGGACCCUCAUCAAGCCGUCCCGGCCAUCUUCUUGACUCACACAGUACAUGUGAUGUAUUAAGAUAUGUUUUGGAAACAUAUAAUGCUUUAUCAUGGUUAACUAUUGACCCGACAACAAACGAUCGUCGAACAUGCCUACCUGUUCACAUACUUUCCCUAUCACAAAUGUAUCAGGCCUUUGAAGCAUUCACCUAAAUUGAUUUGAUGAUCGGUCAUAUCUUUGUAACUUACUUGUAGAUAGCAUGAAAAACAGAUAUUUUUUAUGGCAGCUUGUAAAAUGCCAAUAAAUCUUUCAAGAAAAUUUUAAUUUCUUAAUUGCAAUGUAUUUCUUUUCUCCUUUCCUUUUUUCUUUUCGUUUAUUUUUCUUUUCUCAUUUCUUGCCAGUUGUAAAUUUAUUGUUUGUUUAAUUUUGUGUCACCAGGGUAAAUACAACUUCAUUCACACACACACACACUCUACUAGUAACAACAAUCUUAAAUAAAUGAUGUUUAUAUAAAAGUAUUUUUCUCAAUAAUUUCAUUAAUUCCAAUAGAUGUUAAAUGCUCUUUUUCACUUAACCUAUGUGAUUUUUUGUACAGACUAGUAUAUGUUUCUUUUCUCCUGGACAAUCCCUUUGCACUUAUAAAUAUAGUAAAACUAUUGUAAAACAGAAACGUUAGGAUAUUUCGUUUUGUGCUUUAUUUUCUUCGUUGUUUUAUUUCCUGCCAUUCCCUCCCAUCCAUCUGUGUCGCUUCUCAGUGCAGAGGACUUUUCUCUUUUCCUUAGACCAACUGACGUGUUGGCUGUGCAUGAAGGAAACGAAAGUACUCCCACCCUGUUGUAAUUCAUUAUUUGCUUGGUGUGGUCUUUAUUUCUAUGCAUUCUUGUAUCUGCAUUUCAUACAUUGUCAUAGUAGAUAAUACAAAUAAUUGAUGAUAUCAUCUUUUUCUACGCUUUUACUGAAUUUUUUCUAUGCUUCUAGCAUUGGUUUGUUCGUAUGAGUGUACACAAUUGUGUUUCAACCGUGUGUGCGUGCAUUCCACAAGUUGUUAACCUGCUGGUAUUCGUUGUUACUGUUGUUGUUCUGCAGUCGUUUGUUUUUUUGACUUUUCACUCUGGGAUGUUUUCUCUUUUAGCCAUUUUCCUUUACAUAAUUUACAAUAUUUUUUAUUAGUUAAGAUUUCUAGUAUUUAUUGUUUGUCUGUGUAGUGUGAGACUGUUGUUGUUGUUUUUUGUCUAUUGGAUGGUUGUUACUCUUUGUUUAACGAAUUACUGAUUGUCUUUGAUUUAGUCAUUUAACUAAGAUUUCGCACAAGUAGGAAUUGUGUAACUUAUUCAAACUUAUUAAACUAGAAGAUUUCUGGGUAGUUGUAUAUUUCUGUGCCUUGGUUACUAUACAUUUAUUUUGAAUUGUCCUUUUAAUCGUGAUAUAUGCAUAUAUAAAUAUAUAUAUUCUAUGCGCAUGGUGUGUUUCUACAGUUCUCUCGCGCUCUCUCUCUCUCUCACACACACACACUCUUUCUCUCUGUUCCUCUCUCCUCUCUGUCGAUGUUUUCUUCACUUUAUAAACAUUUCCUCUUUUUUCAACACUGUAAAGUUGGCGAUAAGAUUGUCUGUCUACAAUGACCCUUAUGCUCAUUUUUGUGUCCCACUCACUCAUUUAUCAUUAAUUCAUGCAUCCAUUCACUUACUGCAUUGUCGAUGUAUGUUAAUUGAGCAUAUACAUAUAUCUUUCUUUCUUUGCAUAGUAAGAACUAAUUUUCCAAGUAAUAGUAAUUCCACUAUGAUGAUGAUUAUUGUACCAUAUGUAUUUGUUUUUUUGGGUUUUUAAAUGAAAAAA